CCACACACUCCAAAGAUGUCCUGAGUCAGCAAGUCUCCUUUUGAAAUCAUGACGUCAUAUCAUAGUUCUAAUUCAAUACAAUAAAGUUUCGAGGAUGCAGAAUGUCAACGCAUGAAGUCGAGAGAGUUUGAUGAAGUUCAGAGUAAAGCAAAAUGGCUUCCAAUUCUGAUCCAAUAACAAGAAUUUUCAUUGUAACUGCUAAAGAGAAUCUAGCACCUUCAAGAAACUUAAUAAAGCUUCUUACAUGCACUCAGAGGGGUCAUGAUGCAGAUGUGUUUGAAAGCUCUUGGAGAUACAAAGGAAAAAGAUAUUUAUGUUAUGAGAAAGAUCCAACCUCAACAUAUAUUAUAACAGAUCUUAUCAUCAUAAAAGAUGAUGAGCAGGUUCCAAAUGGAUUCAGUGGUAUUUUUUUGACUGAAGAUACAAAGGAAAAAGGCCUACGAAAGCAUAUUCUUUGUGUGAAAAACGAGGUCAGGAAUAGUGCCACUAAAGGAAUUGCCGAACUUGCAUUGAUAAGUCAGUCAAAAGGUGAAAGAGCGGAUCCUACUUUCUAUACCAUCGCAAACGAAGUGAAUGAACUUAAUCUGACAUUCAGAGUAGAGAGCUUGGUGCCUGUGCAGUCAAAUGUUUUGCCCAGACCACAGUCUUCAAACAGAGUUAAUGAAAUGCCAUUGCAGAUGCCAAGGAAUACAUCUGGGUCGUUCAACACAGGAAGCGUGCCACCCGCCCAACCUGCCGCUAUAAUGAAGAGUCCCGUAAUUGGUAUUGAAGGAGUACCGUUUACAGUCAAUCCAAAACUCAAUUUUGAUUCAAGAGCACAGGAUCCUAUAAUUUCGUCAAUUCCAUUUAUAACAGUCGAUGAUAUAAAUAGACAGUACCAGUAUGACUUCAACCUCGAGAAUGAGACAGUUAGAAAAUGUACAUGAAAGAAGGUUUUUCGAUUUGCACUUAUCAACUGCCAAAGACCGAAGCCUUUGGAGAGCCUGUCUGUCUUAGGCGUGAAUUAAGAAAUACAGUGACAAACCGAUGAUUGCUUGUAUGGUAUGGAACAAGAAACUUUUGUCAAGUAAAAGAUCAAGCAAAAGUUGCAUAGCCAUCGAUUGAAAUUGCAGCUUUGCUUUUAGAAUUCGUAUUUUUGUCUAAGAUACUGGAAGGAUUUAACAACUAUUAUUUGGCUACAUCUUUUUGGAACAUUUACAAAAUACAAAGUUCUAUGAAUAACUUGAACAUUUUCUCCCCUCCCUCGGAUCUCCUUGUGAUUUGUAUAUAUUCUUGGUUUAAAAAAGUCAUUAAACCUUUAUUCCUAAGCCUGAACAACUUUGUUCAUGCGUUAUUUGAAGAGAUUCCAGCUGGGUGACACACAUUUGAUUUUUUACAGCCGAAUUCGGCAUUAAACAUCACUAAUAACAGUCUUUUGGCACUCCAAGUACACCUAAAUUUAUGAACAGAUAAUGGUGAAAACCUUCGCCCAAAGAAAAACGAAGCUACACAGUAUAAAUAUCAAGAAUUAAUAUCUUUUGCCAACUUUGUUUUUGUAGAAAACUGUUAUGUGAUCGCUACUCAUAGCAUUAAAUAAAUACUUGUGACAGAUAUUCAAAACAGCUUAUUUUGUUGAUAUGUUUCACAAAUUAUGUUCA